AGUCUAACGCCAAUAGUAUUGACGAAUUAGUACUAUUUGGAGCUUCUUUUUCUUAUCUAACUGAGGAACAAGAACAAAUUCACCUUUCUACCCCAGAAACUAUUCUCAAUGUGAAGCAAGGAAAUUUAUUCGAUAACAACAACAACCAAGUUAAAUAUAUUUCUAUAUACCCGACUAUAGACAAUACUCCUAUUGUUAAUUAUUGGGAAGUAGACCAACCCCAAGAUAGGACUGAAAUUGACCCUUGGAACCCUGCGACAAGCCCACAAUUUCGACAAGUGCCACUUCUUGAAAAUACUGUAUUACAACUUCCUGGAGGUUUUUCUGGCCAACAAACUUGGGAUCACAAUCAAAGUCGAUCUACUUCAUCUAUAGGCUCCAACCAUACUCAAGUCCAUACUGUUGAUUAUACAACUUUAUUUGCUAAUAAUGA